GCGUACCCGCACGCGCACCAGCACACUUCCUGUCGGAGACUCAACUAUUUCCUUCAAGUCAUUAAGAUCGAUUAGACCAGAGCAAGAUGAGCUGCCUCCUUCCUGUUGCUCUGCGUUUGUCACCGUGUGUGUGUGUUUGUGAUUUAAUUGGCCUGCCAUCCGCAUGGAGGAAACCCAAAUGAAAGCGAUGAAAGCGUGGCCGCCAGGCUAACUCGACGUAGCCCCCGAAGAAAGAAAACCAGGAUUUGAGGAAGGCGGCUACUCGUAUCAAGACACCGCACACUUCCUGUCCCAGCAGGAAAUAGGCGGGCUGGUGUUUGGGGGGUCCGGCCUAUGUGUGUGUGUGUGUGUAUGUGGAGGGGAUUGGCGCUGAGGGUGAGGUUGCCAGUCGGCACGAGACAAGUUCGGAGCCGCACAAGAAAGGAAAAGAAAUUUCAAGUCUGGUAGGAGGAGUCAGCCAUGUUGCCGCCACCGCGCUCCGUCUUUCUUCAGCCGUUGGUUUUGGCACUCACCUUGACGACGGCGUCCGCCGCCCUGGACUGGCGCCGGCGCUACGCGCUGCAUCCCUCGCCGCUCCCCUUUGAGCAAGCGCAGGAGGUGUGCCUCCCCUACGGACUGGCCUCCUUCGCCAGACCCCGGGAGUUCGCCCGAGUCCUCGCCGCGAUUGCCCAGUCGCCGUCCGCCGGCUCGCCCGCCAUUUCGCCCACCUUCUGGGUGGGGCUGAAGAAGGCCAAGAACCAGUGCGUGGUCCCCUCGCUGCCCCUCAGAGGCUUCAAAUGGACCCAGGGGGGCGAGGACGCAAGCGAGACCCGCUGGGCUCACGAGCCGGAACAGACCUGCACGUCGGUUCUCUGUGCGGGACUCGUCGCCCGGUGGGAUGGCUCCGCCGGCACCAGAUGGGGGCUGGUGCCGCUCAGCUGCAAGACCAAGAACCGCUUCAUAUGCAACCUGGAGUCAGACGACGGGGGACUCGACGGACCCCAACUUGCUAGUCCUGAGCUUGCUACGCCUCAACCUGCUGGACCAGAAUCAGCUCAACCAGAAUCUACAAGACCUGAAUCUGCUGGACCCACAACAACCGGGCCAGAAAUGACCAGCCCUGAAUCGGAGGGACCUGACUCUGAGCAAAAGCCAGAAAUACCAGAGCCACCGACACCUGGACCUGCUGGACGAGAAAGUGUUGGACCCGAAUCUGCUACACCUGAACUGUCAGAAAGACCGCAGACGCCAAAACCUGGACCUGUCGGACCAGGUCUUGUUGGACCUGCUCAUCCUGAAACCGCCGGACCUGAACCAAAGGAACCCGGAAGAAGACCCGAUGAGCCGGGCCACGAUGCCGGUGCAGAAUCAGGAUCUGGCUCGUGCCCCCACCCCGCGGUCCCCGGAGCUCGUUUCCUCAGUCUGGACCCUGACAACAGCAGCAGGAUCCAAGUGGACUGCUGGUCCAAAGUCCGUCUGGAUCUGCACUGCUGGGGCCGGGACGGAGUGUGGCGCCUAGCGGGCGGCGCCCCCGCCAACCUGAGCACCGUUUGCACCCCGUGCGGACCCGGCUACCGCAAGGACAUCCUGGGGGACUGUGCGGACGUGGACGAGUGCUCGGGGCCGCACGGAUGCCGCCACGAGUGCGUCAACACGGCGGGCUCCUACACGUGCGUGUGCGCCCAGAACGGGACGCUGUGCGAGCCCGCUGACAGCGACGCCCACGGGCCCUUGACGGGGGUGCCGGUGCCGGUCCUGGUGGGGGCGGCGAUAGCUCUGGUGGUUCUCGCCCUCGUCGUCGGGUUGAUGAUUUGGUGGUGCCUGCGGAGGCGCGGCAAGAAGCAAAAGGAGCCUGAACAAAGACACAACUGAGGUGCUGGUGAAGUCAUUCGUUCUCACCAAUGACAUCACGGUUACCGAUCAUUGAUGGAUAACAAUCGUAAUAAGCGAACACACUUAUUGAUGACAUCACGGUGAUUGUUGCUUUUUUUUUGUGACACACAC